AACUCCAGUGGUCCUGUUCAGACACGUUUCUGGCUUUCCUUGUGAUAUGAGGCAACACAUGUACACUCAGCAUUUUGGCCGAAAAACACGAACUCUAGCCAACACUCAACUUUACUGUGAACAACAAAGACGCAUAACGAGAACACAGCUUCCGGGCCAAGUCAAACGUGACUGAUCGCAGCUUUUACUUUGAAAUCCGUUACAGGAAGUGGCAUCCUCGGCGGGCCUCUGAGUGCGGCUGCUGUGUGGAGUUGAGGUGGAAGUUUGUGUUUAGUAAGUCUCCGGAGCUGAGAGCGAUGAGCGGGCACACGGUCCCUGCAGACUUCUCAGAACACAUGCUGGACCUGGACGAGGACGAGGACCUGGAGGUUUUCACCAAGAAUACUUCCCUGCCAGAUGGAAGCCCCAUGCCCAACUCUCCCAGCUCCAUGGUCAACCAGUACAGACUGGAGGACGAUGAUGAGGGCCAAGAGGCUGUCAACACUAAGGACAUCUUCGUCACCGUCGACCACCCAGAGAGCCAAGUGACGGCGAUCGAGACGUUCGUCUUGUACAGAGUGGUGACCAGGACCACUCGGAGUGACUUUGACUCCAGUGAGUACGAGGUACGGCGACGCUACCAGGAUUUUGUGUGGCUCCGCAGCAAACUAGAAGAAAAGCACCCCACACUAAUCGUCCACCCCCUCCCAGAGAAGUUUGUUAUGAAAGGCAUGGUGGAGCGCUUCAACGACGACUUCAUUGAGACGAGGAGGAGAGCCCUGCACCGCUUCCUCAACAAGAUAUCCGAGCAUCCCAUCCUGUCAUACAGCCAGCACUUCCAAGUCUUCCUCACUGCACAGGAUCUGGCGCCCCACAGGAAACAGGGACCGGGCUUCUUGAGCAGGGUGGGGGAGACGGUGAGAGCGGUGGCCAACUCGGUCCGAGGACUCAAAAGCCGGCCAGAGGAGUUCGCUGUGAUGCAGGAGUACGUAGACGACUUCAGUAACAAGAUGUGCUGCAUGGACAAAGUCACCCAGAGAAUCGUCAAGGAACAAAGAGAGUACGUGGACGAGUUGAAGCAGUACAGUCCCACCUACGCCCGGUGGGGGGAGUUGGAGGAGGAGCUGACGGAGCCGUUGAAGGGCAUGGCCAGCUGUGUGGUGCAGUGCAGUAAGGAAGCAGAAGAGCACAUCCAGCAUCUGUCUGAGGUCUUGGUCCCUGCCCUGCACGAGUAUGUCCUCUGCGCUGAAACGCUCAAGGCUGUGAUGAGACGGCGAGACAACAUCCAGGCAGAGUUUGAAGCCAAGAACGAGGCUCUGCUGACCAGGAAAGUGGAGCAGGAAGCACUUCAGGAGGAGGUGGAUGUCCUGGCAGAUCGGAUGGAGCAGGCCAACAACAGCUUGAAGGGAGACUGGCUCCGCUGGCAGCGCAGCAUGAAGACUGACCUCAGAUCAGCCUUCAUCUCCGCUGCAGAGAAGAACGUGGAGUACUACGAGAAGUGCCUGGCGGUGUGGGAGUCGUUCCUGGUGUCACAGAGAGCAGACUCCAGCGGAGGCCAGGAAGACGUUGCUUAAAAUGUGGAGUUCAAAGGUCGACGCCGCCCCCACCCCCCGCCCCACCCCCACACGACACACACCGGUCUCUCCAGCAAAACCUUCAGAUGUACGAGGACUUAAACCACUGCCCGUCUGCUUUCUGUCUCUCCUCCUCUGAGGGCAGACUGCUGAAUCCCAGUCUCACCAUUCCAACAUGACUAAAACCAGCACUGCAAUCCCCACACGUGCACGCACACACACACACACACACACACACACACGCAACAACCGUGUGAUUGGGAAAUGUUCUCUGGUUUGUGUCGUCGUUGUGCUGCAUGUUUCCUACAGUGGCACUAAAACACAUGCAUGGCUAGCAGCUGGCUCCUGUGUCAGGUGACAAGGAUGCCCUCAGCUGUCCUGCAGUAACUCGGUGGAUUCAGCUGCAGCUUCGUUUUCACACAAAGCAGGGAUGAUCAGUUAGUGCCUCAGAAAGUCCUGCUCAGUGAUUUUGCCACAACAACAAAGUUAAAGUUAUUUGUUGGAGUAGCUUAAUUUGUAAUAAAUGGUACAUUGAUAUUGAUUUCUACUUUAAUAUUUAAAGUUCAUAAUGAAAUUCUGAUGUUUAUUAGUCAUUAGUGAUGCAGUAGUUUUAGUAAGUUCUGAAUUGUAUAGAAGUGAUAACAACAACAGACACACGGCUCAUUCUGUGCAUUAUGGUGAUGAUGGUGAUGGUGAUGAGCCUGUGGCAGUAAUGUUUGCUACAUCAGCCCGAUGUUGUUGUGCAGACUGACCAAAGAGCCGUGUUUCCUCACAGCUGCUGCUGUCAGCACGUGUGCAGCAGCGUUUAAGCCAAACCGGCAUCUCGUACUGAAGCGACCAAAGUAUCUGUGAGCUGAAACGUAAUCAGUCAGUAAUUGAAAAGCAAAGCAGUUUUCAGGCUCAGUCUUUACUCACCUGUUUCUGUCCUUAUAACAACCAUCUGUUACUAUUAAUCAUCAAGAUGAGAAAAUGAUGGGUUUGCAGGAAACAUCCAUACAUAGCACUACAGUUUUACAACCCUGUGUUAAAAUAAUGAUAAUAAUAAUAAUAAAACAUCAGUCUUUUGGGCUUAUAAAUGUGAUGGUCUGAGUCAUGUGUCCAUGCUAAUGGUAACAAUAGUGAACCCAGAGACAUAAAAACAUUAGAGUCCUUCAGUCCGGUCCCGAGCUGCGAUGGCCUCGUGACUGUCUCCACUUUUAUCAAGACGAGUUACUGAAAGUUGAAAAUCUGAAUCCUUCUUAUUGCCAACUUUGACUGCAGGUGGGGAAACAGCUCUGCCAAAGUUAUGCACCAAACAAAUGUCUCACAUUUCAUUAACAAACCUCACGUGUGAUCAAAGUGGAGUCAGAUGCAUGUGAGCUGCAGACAACACUACUGAGACGUCUGGAAGCUUUUAAGUUUACUCUUCUGCACUACAGCAGCUCGUUCCAGCUGUUCCACCCACGUUUCAUACUGUGGACCUUCUGCUCACUGCUUUUAUCAUUGUGAAAAAUAAUAUGUAAUAACGUGAUUUGAGAUGCUGACAAUAAAGACUGAUGUGACGCUA